AUGAGGAGGGAAGGAAGAGAGAGUGAGCCGCAGAGGCCCAACAUGUCCCGGCGUGUGUUUGCUUCCGCGGUGCUGCUCCUCUUUUUUGUGACGGUUAGCUGCGACUGUGGAGGUGCACACGCUGUGGAGAGUAAGUCUGGGGUUGUGCAACUGGCGCAGGAGAUUGACGUUUUUGUGCCGAAUAAGACGCAGGUGGUGUCAAGAGAUGGGAAUGGUUUAUUUGAAGUGAAGAAAGCAUUUGUCUCACCCUCUCUG